AUGUCCUCCUACGAACGCUUAAAAGAACGCUAUACUGCCGCGAAUCAGCCUCACGUCUUCACUUACUGGGACAAGCUUAAUGAGAAAGAGCGCGAUGAAUUGUUGCAGAACUUGAAUAAGAUCGAUAUCGAACGCGCGAACCGCAUAUUCGCCAAAUCUAUCCAUGCCAGUGAAGGUGGAAACGAGCAGGACUCCAUAGAACCUUUGCCAGAUGAUGCUUUCGACACCACGAUCGGUGAGGAAAACGUUGCGAACGUGGCAUCAUGGAGGAAGAUCGGUUUGGACGCGAUCGGCGCAGGCAAGGUUGGCGUCCUGCUGAUGGCCGGCGGUCAAGGGACGCGGCUCGGGAGUUCAGACCCCAAGGGCUGUUACGACAUCGGUUUACCCUCCCACAAAUCACUCUUCCAGAUUCAAGCGGAGCGAAUUUUACGCUUGCAGACAGUCGCAGAGAAGGAACUGGGGAAACCUGAGGGAUCAGUCAUCGUUUCAUGGUACAUAAUGAUCAGUGGUCCAACACACCCAGCAACGGUGGCAUUCUUCGAAAAACAUCACUACUUUGGGUUACCGAGAUCGAAUGUGAUUUUCUUUGAGCAAGGGAUUUUGCCAUGUUUCUCCCCAGGCGGGAAAGUCAUACUGGCAUCUCCCACAGAGAUUGCCACUGCACCGGACGGAAACGGAGGGCUCUACGCUGGCUUACGUGCACCCCUUUCCCCCUCAGACCCUGAUCAUUCUGUGCUCUCAGACCUCAAAUCCCGCGGGAUCGAAUAUAUACACGCGUAUGCUGUCGAUAAUUGUUUGGUGCGCGUUGCCGAUCCCGUCUUCGUCGGAUACAGUAUCGAGAAACAAGCAGAUUGCGCCGCAAAAGUGGUACCCAAGGCGGCCCCUCAUGAGGCUGUAGGCGUUGUAGCUCUCAAAGGGAACGCCUUCAGCGUCGUAGAAUACAGUGAAAUUACCAAGGAACAGGCGGAACGUAAGGAUUCAAAAUACCCUGAUCGCCUCGCUUUCCGUGCAGCGAACAUCGCCAAUCAUUUUUACACUCGAACGUUCCUCGAAGAAGUUGAAUCAUUUGAAAGCCAAUUGGCUUUUCACAUUGCCCAUAAAAAGAUUCCAUAUUGUCCUGUCGAUAAUCCCACUGGAGAGACCAUCAGGCCUUCCAAAUCAAACGGUAUCAAGUUGGAACUCUUUGUAUUCGACGUCUUCCCAUUUGCAAAGCACAUGUUUGUCUUGGAAGUCGAGCGAAAGGAAGAAUUCAGUCCACUCAAAAAUGCUCCGGGGACGGGAUCUGAUGACCCAGACACAAGUCGAACCGAUAUCCUCGCUCAGCAAAAGAGGUUCCUGCAGCGUGCUGGAGCAAGCGUUACAGAGGGUGUCGUGAUAGAGAUAUCAUCGUUGGCGUCUUAUGCUGGAGAAGGUCUGGAUGCCGUUAAAGGAAAGACGUACAUUCGUUCUGGUUUUGUGGGGUCUGUUGAGGAAUUGGAUGCAUUGGUGUAA